GGGUUGCGCGAUCACCUGACUCGGGAUCCGGAGAUGCAAUGGCGGCCUCCGUGCUGCGUUUGGGCAUUCCUGGAAGACGCUGGGCUUUAGCGUGGAUUGACGGUGGUUCCCGCCACCGAAGUGGGACUCAGCCUGGGCCCACGUCCAACCGUGCUAGGGGACAGAGUUCAGUGGCUCAGCUUUCCCUCCGCACGGCUCAGAAGCCGAGGAAAGGUGAACACAAAUGGGCAGCUGUGGUAGGACUGGAAAUUCAUGCCCAGAUUUGUUCCAACUCUAAGCUCUUCUCUGGAGCUCAGGUGUGCUUUGCAGCACCCCCGAAUUCUUUGGUUUCUUUUUUUGAUGCAUCUCUGCCUGGAACUUUGCCGGUUCUCAACAGGAGGUGUGUGGAAGCUGCAGUGAUGACCGGCUUGGCACUAAACUGCCACAUCAACAGGAAGUCCUUGUUUGACAGGAAGCACUACUUCUACGCAGACCUUCCUGCGGGUUACCAGAUCACCCAGCAGAGGCUCCCAAUUGCUACCCAUGGACACUUGACGUACAGCAUCUGCAUAAGGAAGAAGCAGAGUCAGGUGACCACCAAGACCGUGAGGAUCAAACAGAUCCAGUUGGAGCAGGACAGUGGCAAAAGCCUCCACGAUGACCUGAGGUCCCAGACUCUCAUUGACUUGAACAGAGCCGGAGUUGGCCUUCUCGAAGUGGUCCUGGAGCCUGACCUGUGCUGUGGGGAAGAGGCAGCCAUGGCUGUCAGGGAACUGCAGCUGAUCCUUCAAGCCCUGGGGACCAGCCAGGCGAACAUGGCAGAGGGUCAGCUGAGAGUAGAUGCCAAUAUAUCUGUACAUCACCCCGGGGAACCUCUGGGUGUCCGGACAGAAGUGAAGAAUCUCAACAGCCUCAGAUUCUUGGCCAAAGCCAUAGACUAUGAAAUUCAGAGACAAAUCACUGAACUUGAGAAUGGAGGUGAAGUUCUAAAUGAAACUCGUUCCUUUGAUUAUAAGCUGGGGUGCACCGUGCCGAUGAGAGACAAAGAAGGCAAACAAGACUACAGGUUUAUGCCAGAGCCCAACCUGCCUCCCUUAGUGCUCUACGACACCACAUCGCUGCCUUCAGAUGCAGACUCUCAGCAGGUGAUCAAUAUCGACCAGCUUCGGGACAUGCUCCCGGAGCUCCCCAGUGCAACCAGGGAGAGGCUUGUCCAGCAGUAUGGGAUGCUGCCAGAGCACAGCUUCACGUUGCUGAAUGAAGUUGGCCUCCUGGAGUUCUUCCAAAAUGUGAUAAAAGAAACUAGGGCAGAGCCAAAAAAGGUGACUAACUGGGUCCUGAACACUUUUCUGUACUAUUUAAAGCAACAGAAUCUUGCAGUCAGUGAGAGUCCUGUCACACCUGGUGCGCUGGCCGAACUCCUGGACCUGCUGGACAGUAAAGCAGUUUCCUCAGCAGCAGCUAAACAGGUGUUUGAGGAGCUGUGGAAGGGCCAGGGGAAGACAGCAGCACAGAUUGUGUCAGAGCAGCAGCUGGGACUGAUGCAGGACCGCGAGGCCUUGGAACAGCUCUGCCAGGCCACCAUAGAUGGACACCCCCAAACGGUGAUGGAUGUGAAGAAAAGGAACCCCAAAGCUAUAAAUAAGCUGAUUGGGUUGGUACGGAAAGCAAGUCUAAGCCGAGCAGACCCAGCUCUGAUAAAGGAAAUAUUGGAGAAGAAGCUGUCAUUGUGAGAUGUGGUGAGGUCCCUCUGCCCGAGGGAGGACAGUGUGGCCCUGAGAACAGGAGCCCGUGAAAGCCGCUGUUCAUGUGGGUACAGUUUGUGUCUCUCAGUUCCUGGACACUUGUGUGUGUCCUCUGAGACCCAAUGGCCUGGGAGGGAGCCGGAGGAAGUGGUUCUGUGAUGGUAGCAGCAGUGAUUAAAGGAAUAGCUUGGUCUUACUGUGAAGUAAA